AAAUGUGGAAAAUGUAAAGAAAGAGGUGCGACUAUAGGAUGCUUCGAGCCUAAAUGCACCAAAAGCUUUCAUUUACCGUGCACUGAUAAGCCACUUUCUCAUUUCGAGAUGGGUGUCAUUUUUUACUGCCCUACUCACGAAUCACGAUAUCUCAAAAAAGAAAUAUAUAAUGAGAUAUAUAGAUGUGAUGUUUGUUCCUGUGAAUUACAGGCGGACAAAUGGUGGACUUGUAAACCAUGUGAAUCAAACUUUUUCUCUUCUUUUGAUUUAUGCCCACAGUGUUUUGCAGAGAAAUUCCCAGAGACACAUGAACAUAGUAAAGAAGAUUUUGAGGAAACAUCUGUCAAGCAGAUAAAAGACCAACAAAUUACAAAGCAAACGGAAAUGGCUCUCGCUAAUCAGAAAGCUCGUGAAUCAGGACUGCGUAAGAAAUCCAAAAACUAUCCAACUCAUGGAAAGGGGCAGUUACAAUGUUCUUACUGUUGGGCUGAUGAAUCUCCUCGUUGGCGUAAAGGAUAUGAUGGAGUGCUGAUGUGUGAAGAUUGUUUUGAAUUAGUAUUGGUCAACAAUACCACUGGAGAAUCUCAUUUAGAAACAAACAAGUUGAUGGUUACCAGUGAAGAUUAUUCAUAUCGCCCAUAUCUGACUAGAAACUCAUGUUCAGACAAGAAAUUUGACUAUUCAGAAUCGCAAACAAUAUAUUUGGACACAUAUGAGCCUGCAGAAAAUCAACUGUUUUCAUUACCUUUUGACAGCUCAUACUUUGAUAUUCCUGGAAGAGCGCCAAGAUGGGCAACGCAUAGUGGUACUGAUUAUCAUGGAACUUGGUUGCCACAAACUGUUCGACGUGCCUUGCUUCGUUUCACCAAAAAGAAUGACCGAGUCAUGUCAAAUUUCCUUGGAAGAGGAACGGAUGCGAUUGAAAGUUUUCUGCUUUGUAGAAGACUCGUUGGCGUAGAUAUCAAUCCAGCUGCAGUAGCCCUAUCGCAGCGUAAUUGCUCAUUUGCUAUUCCACCAGAUAGAGGCAUCACGGCCGAACAUCGACCUAUUAUUCUUCAAGCGGAUUCCAGGCAUUUGACAGGAACAAUUUUUGAAAAUGAAUCUUUUGAUCAUGUUUUAAGUCACCCUCCUUAUAAAAAUUGCGUUGAAUAUUCAACACAUAUUGACGGAGAUUUGUCAAGAUUUGCAAAUUCUAAAGAAUUUGCAAUAGAAAUGAGUAAAGUCAUUGAUGAAACUUGGAGAUUAUUGAAACCAGGCAAAAGAGUUACGCUUGGUAUUGGAGAUAAUCGAGAACACUGCUUUUAUGUUCCAGUUAGUUUCAAUUUAUUCCGUCAAUAUAUGGAUCAAGGAUUUGAAUUGGAAGAACUGGUUGCGAAAAGACAGAGAUAUUGCCAGGCUUUUGGAUUGGGAACUUAUCUUUGUGUGCAAUACGAUUUCUUGAUGUUUACACAUGAAUUUAUUGCUACUUUCAGAAAAGUUGAUAAAGAAAAAAAUGACCUUGUGUUAAGUAUACCUGAUGAAUUGGUGUUAGAUGAAUAUGUAACAUUCUCAAGUGAAUUAAGAGAAAUUCCAAUUCUUCCUAUCGCGCGUAAGAGUGUUGUCAUGGGCACUACAUGGACAUUUAAGCCUACGUCUAAACACAAUUUUGUACAACUUUGUACUUCAAGAAUGGUUGAGAGAUUUGGUAGGGAUUAUGCCAACUAUGAAGAAAUAUCGAUAAAAUUCAGAAAUCUAGAGCAGUUUAGUAAUAGUAGUAUAGAUGAAAAUAGAGAACAAAUAAAUAAAGAAGACAUAGAUAGUGAAUCAGACGAUGAUAUUCCAGAAUACGAACGAAUUAGACAGAAGCAAAUUCAAGAAAAUCAGAAAAUGCUACUUUCAUUGGGACUGAAAUGUGAUCUCGGAGAAGAAUCAGAUGACAUAUCUCAUCUUGAGAAGUUACUCAACAGCAAGCCAUUACCUCCGCCAACGCCAACAGCGUUGAUCGUCAUACCACAUAUUCCUAACAGUGCUCUUAAUUCACAAACGAUUCCUUACUAUCGUGCAAUAGUCAAACGUUUGGCUCGCGAGGCAUAUGAUCGGUUGCCUCCUUCCGGAUUUCUUGUGAUAGGAGGGCAAGAUGUUCGAACAUCAGACAACAAAUUAUGGCCUCUUAGUAUGCUUUUUAUGGAAGACGUGAAUAAAGCUGUUGGCGAAGAUAAAAUGCCACUUAAGGAGCUUGUGAUCACUGUACCAGAUGGUUAUGCAAAAGAUAAGAAGAAAAUUUGUUCAUAUGAAGAUUAUACGGAGGAACGAUGUAUCGUAGAUGAAGAAGAAAAUGCAGUGCAAUUGCCCAUAAUUCAUGCAUGUUAUCUUAUAUUUAUGAAACUUAGAUGA